AUGGCAACUCCACAAAGAAAUGCAGAAAACUUCCUUCAGUUGGACGGCAUCCCGACGGAGCAUAUGGACAGUUUUCAGAAGUCAUUGGCAAAACUUCGAAGCCUUUCUGUGGAUGAUACAACAGAGACUGGGAAGCUGCAGUCCAGGAUAGAUGAACAAUCAGGUUUGAUCUGCAUGCUGAAACAGAGAGCUGAUGAGCUGCUUCUUCGAUGUGAAGCCCUGCAGAAAAUCAAUUCAGAGCUGGAGGGCUGUAUCGAAGAUUGCCGUGCAGAACUGGACAGUGAAAGAAAUAAAGCAGAUCUAAUGGAGAAGAGGUUUAUGGAUUUAUAUAGCAAUAAUCAAGCGAUUAUUGCUUUUAUGACCGAGUACAAAAAUCAAAAUGGCCUGCUAAAGGUGGAAAACAAACAACUGCAGGCUGAAAAUGAGACGCUUUUCUCACAAAAAUUACAAGAUAAAGAACUGCAUGUUCAAAAACUGGUGCAAGAAAUCAAACUGCUGAGCGAAAGCUUGACAAAUAAGGAAAGUGAAAAUCGGGAGAAUUUAGCGGAGUGCCAGUCAAAACUCCAGGAACAAGCAACACAGCAACGAACAGAGGAGGCAUUACUACUUGGUCAAGUGAAUGCUGCUCAUCAACUACAAAGAGACACUGUUGAGUUGUGCAAAGAACUUGAGCUGCAGCUACAGAAUGCUAGAGAGAAGCAUGGUGUGACGGAAAUCAGCAUGAGUGAAAGCAUAACACACCUCAAUAGAGAGAAGGACAAAUUAUUGCAACUGUCUUAUGAAAGAGGGAGAUUGAUACAGGAGAAACAAGAGGAAAUCCAGCAACUUGAGAUGAAAUUGAAAGAAGAGAAAAAAGCCAGGGCCAAGGCAGAGGACAGGUUUCAUAAGGAAGCAGACGCUGUGAAUGGAGAUUUAAAAGUGAAGUCUUUACAGGCUGCUCUGGACGAAGCCAACACAAAAUAUGGGCAGUUCAAAAAGGACUUUGAAGCUUACAAAGAACACAGCAGCAGCCUUCUAAUACAAGAGAGGGAGCUGAAUAAGAAACUUCGCCACAUGAUGGGCUAA